AAUCAAUAUGAAAUCAGACGAUAUGAAGCAUCUAAUUGGGUAGAAACAGAAAUCAGCAACAUGCCUUUAAAUACAGCCAAAAGAACAAUGUUUUGGAAACUCUUUAGAUAUAUCAAUGGACAGAAUGCAAAUAAUCAGAAGAUUAACAUGACUGUUCCAGUUUUAGGCAAACACGGCAAAAAUUCAAAUAGUUACACAAUGAUGUUUUACCUAUCUAAUUCUAUUCCUAAUCCACCUCAACCUAUUGACCAAUCAGUUAGAAUUAACUCACUUCCGGCUUUCACAUCAUACGUCAGAUCAUUUUCUGGUUAUCCAAGAACAAAAUUAGAAUGGGAAAGCGAAGAGUUAGCUUUAGAACAGUCUCUUAAUUCAGAUGGUCUCACAUUUGAUAAAUCUUAUUUUGUUACUGCUGGUUAUGACGCACCAUGGAUACAAGAUAGACACAAUGAAGUUUGGUUAUUCCCUACUGCUUAA